AUGUUAAAGCAAUGUUGGGGGGACAGUACUGUUCAGAGACUGCGGGGGAUAGAUGUAUAUAGGAUUGGCCCAGGAGACGCGGAUCCUUUAAUUGGCCAGUGUUCAAACAUCAUCGAGGAACAGGGUGAUUGUGCUGAUGAUAGUGGACAUGAUGAGUAUGAUAUUGGGGAUCUGAAUUAUGGCGAUGAUGACAGUGAAUAUUCAAGUGAUUCUGAUGGUGCUUCUGCUUCUGAGUCUGAUUCUGACAGUGCUCUUGAACCACGUGCAGACUGCUCGGGGAAUUUAGAUAUGGAUGAAAGGAAAGAUCAGAAUGAGGAAUCAUUGAAGGUCAUUACUGCACCUGAUGAACCAGCGGUAGAGAUACUCAACUUAGUUCCUGAUGAUUUUGAACAAACUUGCAGUUUUUGGGAUCAGUGUUCAGAAUCUGGAUUGAUUUGUGAACACUGUCAUGGGGAGUUUAAACAUGGAGAGUGGGAGGAGUGUACUCUGUUAAGCAUGAAAUGUUCAUUUUGCGAUUGUUCUGAACACCUCGUACAUGAAUGCGUAGAAGCACAGAAGGCAAUGGAAAAUAAUCGUCAACCUGAGGACGCAGGGAACUCCGUCAUUGCACCGGUGGUAAAAUCACAGCCCCGUGAAGACCCCAACAAAGCAUCGCCCGCAAUGGAAAUGGGAUGCGACGAUACCGAAUGGUCAACCUUCUGGGAUGCAUCUCCAACUAUCCUUUCCCAUAUCUGGCCAGAAACCCCAAUUCUAAUAAGAUCGCUCUCCAGCUCCGAAGAUGAUAAUGAUUUCAGUGAGUCAGAGCUUGAUGAACGAACAGAUACUUUGUAUAAUUCUUUUAGAAAUAGAGGUCAGGAAGUUCGAGUUCGUGGGAACAAAUUUACUUGCCGUUUUUGUAAAGAUGAUUGCGCGGAAAUACCAGUAUUGGCAGUUCCUCAUGCAGAAGUACUGGUGGAUCCCCUUCAAUCUCACAAUCCACAGGACCGCUUUGUUUACCCUCCAAUGGCUGUUGUUGUUAACCUGCCUAGAAAACUCGAUUGUGGGAAAUUUGUUGGACCGAGUGGCAGGGUUCUGCGUGAAAAGUAUUUGUUUGAAGGAUUUAAUCCGACAAAAGUGGAGCCACUGUGGGAUGAUGAAACUGGCCACUCGGGAAUAGGUAUUGUUCAUUUUAGAAGAGGUUUUGAUGGAUUAAUGGAUGCUCUUGCAUUUCAUCAGGCUUAUAAGAAUGAUCACCAUGGGAAGCAGGAUUGGGAAGGGUCUGGUACUCACAAUGAUUUCCUAUAUGCCUGGGUUGCUCAAGAAGAUGAUUACGCGUCCACUGGAAUCGUUGGGAGGAUACUUCACAGGUGUGCAGCCAUCAAACGUUUCGAUGAAAUCCAAGGUCUCUAG